AUGGACGGCCGCCGCCGUUCACACCACGCCCAAUGUCUGCAGCCUACACAUGCCAUUGCAGCUGUUUUAGGGGUAAGCAGGGGUGCUCGCGGCACAGGGAGGGUUCCUCUCUUUCCCGCGGCUCUGUGGUGCUCUUUGGAUCACUUCAUGUCAUGUUCAUUCGACGGACCCGUGCAUGACGCCUCCUCCACUCGCCUGAUCCCGUCUCUUUGA